GAAGUCUAAUUCAGACAUGGCGGCGUCCUCUUCGCUCGGACGCGUUUUUACUCUUUGCAGGCAGUUUCAAAACGUCUUGAGGUUAUCUGUCUCAAAGAUUCAAAAUCCCACUGUUAAUUCAAACAAAUGGCCGAGUCAUCUUUUCAGGGAAAACACGGUACUUGUUCAAUCCUUUUGGAGCAGUCCCAUCCAAUCUGUAGCUCAGUGUCGAGCUCUGCACACAACUAUCAGCAGAAGAGGACUGGAUGAAUUCUUCGAUGCACCAGAAAACUGGGGAGAGACCACCGUGAAGUCAGGUGCACCGUGGACCGCCAAGCAACUGAGAACAAAAAGUAGCGAGGAUCUACACAAACUAUGGUAUGUGCUGUUGAAAGAAAAGAACAUGUUGCUCACACUUGAGCAGGAAUCAAAAAGACAAAGAGUAUCGAUGCCGAGUCCAGAGAGACUGCGAAAGAUUGAACGGUCAAUGAUAAGGCUCGAAACAGUGGUGAAUGAGAGAGAGACUGCGCUGCGUCUGCUGCAGACGGGACAGGAGAAGGGCCGGCCUGGAGACUGGAGGAGGAACAUAUUUGGAUAUGUCUACUGGUAUCGGUUCAAGGAGCAUCCUAUUCCUUGGUACAUGAAUAGAAGAUACAAGCGCAGGAGAUUCUACACGCCAUCAUUUGUGCAGCCACAUAUAAGGCUGCGCAUUGAGAAAAUCCUUCGGGAAAAAGCACGCAAAAAGAACCAAAGGAAGGAAUCCAUGGAAAAACUGCAAGAGAAAUUCCCGACAAUGAAGGUCCCUGCAUCCUGAAACUUCAAGCUUUUUAGUUGUCAAUGCGAUCACUCUGCAGAGUGGAUCAGCUCAACAAGUCAUUUGAGUAAUCUGAAAGUGUUUUCACUGUAUCUGUCUGGUAAAAUAGCAUCGCUCUGAAACGUUGGCUGCUGUGUAAUCAUUUUUAGUAGAGCUUUCAACUCUUGUUUGAAUAAAAGGAUGUAUAUUUACAUUUUAAGGGGGAAAAAAUGAUGCACAAGGAUUUCACGUGAAAAUUAAA